AUGGCCGGGGUGACAUUGGAUGUCAACAAAACGGUAGUUCCCAACGCACCGGGAAUAUCAGUCAACCCUUAUUGGAGGAAGACACUGAUGAAUGCGGUGUAUGGUAACGCCAUCAACUACACGGAUUUUGCGGCAAACUUCCAGAAUCAGAAUUUUAUAACGAAUACCAUUACAUCUGCACUAGCGGCUUUGACUCCAAAUGGAGCGGCAUAUCUCAAUGAAGCUGAUUUCCAGCAGCCAAACUGGAAAGAGGUUUUCUACGGCGCAAACUACAACCGGCUUAACUCGAUCAAAGCUAAAUAUGAUCCUUUGGACAGAUUUUACGCACUGGGGGCUGUUGGAAGUGACCGUUGGACGGAAAAGACGGAUGGGCGUCUUUGCAGAGUCUGA